GUACAUCAUUGUAGUAACUAAUUGAAGUCGCUGUGAAAGAAAAUCUAUUAGGUAAGCUACCAGCUAAGUAUUUCCUUUUUUUCAGAUUGUGAGUCACUCAUACGUAAAAUGCUGGUUUUGGAUCCAACGAAGCGAUAUAGUGUUUCGCAAAUAAAACGCCAUAGGUGGAUGCAAGCAGACAUACCUUUAUCUUUGCCAUCAACCAUGCCGUCUAGCAAAAUUCAACCAAAUGAACAAAUACUUCGGCUAAUGCAAAGUCUUGGAAUUGAUAGCAUAAAAACUCGAGAUUCCGUAAGAUGUGGAAGUUAUGACCAUCACGCUGCAAUAUACUAUCUCCUAUUAGAAAAAUUACGAAACCAAUUGAUAGGGAACGAAACUCAGCAACAAAACACGGCUGUCCGCGAAGUCCAAAGGCGAAGACCUUCGAAUAUUGCCGAACAAGCUAUGCGAAAGAUAGGACGAGCCAGUACGUCUGAAGAUUGUCGAAGACUCCUUCAACAUUCUGUUACGGCCCCAUCUUCUAGCAAUAGUAGGCUGAGUAGCCCUAGGACAUGUAAUUCUCCGAGGAAUUGUGAUUCUCCCCCUCACGGAAUUGACGCAGCCAGACUACUUGCAGCAACUAAUAGUGACGAAGCUUUAAAAAUUUUACAACAGUCAACCACUAUGUCUUUUGUAAUGUCAAGCGAAGCAUCUAAACUGAUGGCAACUCUUCAGUCGUCCCCAGUUCCUCCUCAAACAGACUUAUCUUCAGCCAGAGAAUAUUUGAGCCACAUUAAUUCCUACUUACAUUCUCAAAACACUCAAUCAUCUAUAGAAUCUGACAAUAAUAAAGGAUCUUUACCUAAAUUUAGCACCAGUGGUUAUCGAAGCAGUGAAAUGCACAUUCAGUAUUCGAGUUCAACAGACGAGGGCGUGGAAACGGACUUGGAAGAUCAAAGUCAUCAUCGACUCAGUUAUGCCUCAUCGAGCUCCUCUAGUGGUGUAGUAGGGAACUUUAACACGUCCAAAAGCCUUAGUCAAAACUUAAGUUGUGAUAGUAAUUUUGAAAGCCUGGAUUACCAGCUCUCAGAUUCCAAUGAACUUACAAAUAGUUUGCCCAGUUGUACAUCAUCGGCGGACAGGACCGUUCCUGGUCCCUCUUUGACCAGUUUUAGUGGUCUCUCGUCACCAACACCCAGUUAUUUAAUAAAUUCCCGUUCUCUUCUCAGUAGGCAUAAUCCCUUAGUUCAUUUACCUAAUUUAAAAAGUUCCAGUAGAGGUCUUACUCGAUCUCCCGUAGAUUUUCGGGAAGGUCGACGAGCUAGUGACGGGCUUGUUGCCCAACAGGCUGCGGACACUCCUCAUAAAAAAGUUGUAGCCUUUAACUCACAAAAACUAAGUAAAAACCCAAAAGCCAAAGGUAUUCUUGAGCUUCACAUGGUAAAGAAGGAAGCCCAACGUCUUCGAAGUCAGUAUCAAGCGAGAGAAGCACCAGAAGAAGCGUCUCAUCGACAGAAGCAACACAACCAGUACUUGCAGCCUCGAUCAAGUAAGAGAAUUAGCUUGCCAGAUAGUUUUAGUUACGCGAGUUCGUCCCCAGAGCCUUUGCAGACGGCCAUGCAACAUAGGCUACUGCAGCAGAAACGCCAAAUUUUGCAGAAACAGAGCGGAAUCUCAUCCCAUCAACCCUCUAGUGCUAUUAGCUUGGAAAGUGGCCCAUUGUCGCGAAGGCAUAUGCUCAGACAAGCUAGUUACAAAAUCGCUCAGCAACAACCUGUACUUCCUCCGUUGCCUCACAACACCGAAGUCGAGAAUAAGGACCUGGUUGCUUUCCAGGCCAUUGUUGAAGGUACCGGUGAAGCGUGGAGCACACUUCCCGGAAGCCUCCAGGCUUCUUGCCAAAUUUCUGACGCCGCCUCAGCUCAUCCCUGGCAAAAUAUAGCACCCGCUUGGAACCAGGGGCCACAAUUUCCAAGUAACGUUUGGCCUCCGUUAUUACCCCUCAGCGAGAGCCCCAUCUUAGAACUUACUGAGCAAACGGAAACCAUGUGAAAGCAAUCCUGUGAAUAAUCAUCGUCGGCUUAGUUUAAUGACUUUUGAAGUUGUUGCAAUUCAAUCCUCGUCGCAGAAAAAAAAAUAUGAUAAUAUGCAUAAUUUAAUAUAAUAAUAACGCUACUACGGCUGUCAAUUUCAUUAAGUAACAUCGACAAUAUCUAUUUCAUACAAUAACAAUUAAAAAUCGUGUAAGUCCUGAGGGUAUUUUUUUUAUCAUUAUUUAUAAUCGCUCGCUAAAAAUUAACUGUUUCAAUUUGUGAUGAAAUCUGUCUUCAUCCUAUAUUAUCUAUUUUUAUACUUCAGUUUUCAUACCUUCAUUGUUAUUACCCAACGAAAAACGAACUCUGAUAUUGUUUAUGCUUUUAAAUAAACAACAACAACGGUAGAAUAGAAUUGCAUAAGUAUUGCUUAGCUAUUAGUCAGUUACUUGCAAUUGAUUUAUUGAUAAAUUAAUUGAACCCCAGAUGCCUCACUAAUAUAAGAAGACACUCGAUAAUGUGAAACGAAAAAAGAAAAAGGUUGUUCAUAUUUAUAACAGGGGACAUUUGAUGUCCAUAAAAAAACCCAUAUAUGAAGAAUGCAGAUAACAAAACCACUAAGAACGAAUCAUGCAGGUAAAAGUUAAUACACGAAUAAUAAUAAAUAAAUCUACAAAAUAUCCACUUUUAAAGCCAAUAGGCAUUCGUUUCUAUAAUUGCGCAUAGGUCUAGCACAAUUAAUCUACUGUUCACAUUAUGCGAAGUUUCCAUUAUGUGCUGUUCGCACUGUUGAGUGUCUUCUGUAUCGAUUCAAUGGGCAAUUAAUCGAUUACAUAUUAAAUAUUAAUAUUGAUGAAUUACCAGAUUUCAUCACAGAAAUAUCUCUUAUUUACUCACCAAGUUAACAACGUAGAAAUAUAGGAUUUAAAAAUAGAUAACUGAUGUAGGAAAAUUUAUUGAUGUCUAUAUAGGUACAUAAAUCAAAAAGGAAAAGUAACUGUUGUUUUCUAAAAAGUUAUUAAACUAUACCUAUAUUGCAGAAGUAAUUUAUGUAAUCGUGUUUCUGUGGUAAUUAGAUUACCUAUCUUUUUUUUUAACUUGCACAGUCAUAAAUUUUUAAAAUAAUUUAAAUUUGUAUUUUAUUAUGGGCAUUUUCUUUAAGAAAAUACAUGCAACAGAUAUGCUAUGUAGUCGGAUAUCAAGGUGAUUUAAGCAGCCAUUAAUUUUGUUAAUUUUAGUAAUUCUGUGGUUGUUAUACAUACCAUAUGCGAAAAUGCGUAUGCUCGCAUUGAAUUAUAACAUGCCGCUCUUUUCAAUAGCUGUAAAGACUACGCGCGCACCUUGCAUACUACCUGUUAGGAGUUGUGCGAAGCCACACUUACACAUGCGAAUACGUAUAUCCAAGAAGCGCUGUAUAAUUUAAAAUUCCGUAGUCUAUAUUAUAAAAAAGUGCACUCUUUUACAACCGGUAUAACGGCACAAAUAUUUUUAACGUUUUGUUUUUGUGUUUCUCUGCAAUUUAAGAGCAUUACAAUUUUUCUACAACAUCGGUAGGUAUGAUAUACUAUAAGAACAAAAGUAUCAAACUUCUUUGCACUUCCUGUUGUUGUUUACGAUGAGCUCAAAACGUCUCAAAUAAAGUAAUAAAAGAUGCAACAUUAACCGGAAAAGUAUAAACAGAAAAAUGACAUCUACUUUCUUAUUUUUUAGAAAUCCUUGAAAAUCCUUUUGUAUUUUUAUUUUUGCUAAAUAUGGAGCUAUUUUAACCGUUAUUAUUUUUCUUUUAAUUUUAAUUACCGUGCGAGUCUCUUAAGAUAUAUGUAUUUCAAUUAGUAAGCAAGCAAAAAUUAAAAUUAUUAACGAAUCUAGAAAUCUACUUUAAAUCUAUUUUAAUAUAAGGAAUCCAAGUUUCAGUUUAUUUCUUAAAUUAUACUUUUUACAGUAGAUACAUUUAAAGCAAAAGUUUUGACAAUUUAAAUAUGGCAAUAACUUUUUACAAAAAUUGCUUUUUCCUGAUGGAAACAUAAUUGACUCUUCAUCCUUGAAUAAUUUUAACAAGUUUCGCCCUGGAGCCAAUGAGAUAAACAAGUGGUUGUAAUUAGACAGAGUCGAUUUACCGGAGAUAAUUAGAUAGCUCAAGUUAUUAACAUCCACCCUUUACCGUUAACAUAAUUAAUUUGAUUAUGCAAUUUACUGUAGCAGCAACAGAUGCUAUCAACUCAGCAGAAUUUACAUUUCGGUGUUCAGUUUUCACUGUUUAUGAAAAAUGAACAUAUUUGAAAUAAGAUAAUAAGAAGCAUAUAAUAUGCCGGUAUGUUAUGAAAUAAAUUUGCUUAGAUUCGUUAGUUCUUAUUUAGGAAAGUUCAUAAAAUACGUUCAUAAAUGAGGGGGUUGGGAGGGGUAUUGCUUAGCGUUACGAGAUACGGAAAGGGGGAAGGGGGGUCUAAAGAAAUGUGACGUUCAUAGUUCAUCAAUUUUAUUUCAACUUCAUCUUUUCUUAACUUGGCAGUUCUUAAAAUUUUUCAUGACUAUAGAAAGUCAUUCUCAUUACUAUUUUUAAUCACAAAAAAUCUUUUAUAGGAGGGUGAGCUAGAUUUUGUCACGUAUAUUAGGGGGGUUCAGUGAAAAUGUGACUUGGUGUGAUUAAGGAAGAGGAAGAGAAAAAGGUGAAAUUUUGAGUGACGUAUUUUAUGGACAAAAAUAAUUUCAAAUUUCAUGAUAUAUUUUCAAAAACAUUUAAUUUAUUUUGAAGUUUUUCUAGGAAUAUUUUGUUUGUGAACAGAACCAAGAAAAUAAUUUUCAGUUCAAAAAUUAAAAUAAAAUCUGCUUGCAUGAAAUGAAAAGUUUGAAGGCAGUUAGUAUUAUUAUUGCUAUUAAGUCUUAUAAAAAUGUUAUCGAACUUAAUUAAAAAGCAAAUAAAGGUACAUGUAGGUAUAGUUUAAUUUCUUGGAGAAACAACAGAAACAAAUAGAUAUGAUAUUCUUAAAAUCUGUAUAAAACAAUGAUAGAUAAAUACAUUUGUAGUUAAGAAAAUUAAGAACUAGAUAUAUUUUUUAUCAAUGUAUUAAUAUAAAGAUAUUUUUCUGCUUUUUAAGACUGAGAGUUUAUCACACAACUUUGAACGUCAUUAAAAAAAUUAAACAUUAACCUUUUUGUUGCUGACGAUUAAUUUUAACCGAAAUACUAUGUUUUUCUUUAAUAACGGAUUAUGAUAUGGUGAUAUUAAGAAUUAGAUUUACAUGUUGUACGUAUCACUGGAGUUACUUUUUAAGAAAAAUUAUUUAUUUCAUUGUAAUUACAUAGGAAAUUUGCUUUAGUUUGUUCAAAUUUUAUUCACGAAAUCAACGGAGAGGGCUUUAUAAAAGGUACUUUUCGUCCGAAUGGCAAGGAAGAUAUAACACUUGGUUGGAUUAAAACAAUUCAUAACUGAUUGUGUUUUGGAACAUUUGACAUGUUUUCCUUGCUUAAAAAUAUUUUCUUCGUGUUUUUAAAAGAAAAAAAGACCAAUAAAAAAAAAAUCGAAAUUUCAGAAACAAAAGAACAAACCUAAAGUUAGUGUAAUUAUGUAGUUAACAAAGUUACAAAGAAAACGAAGUGUUCAAUGUUUCAAAAUACAACUAAAAAUUUUUGCCAUAGCUUUUUGUCACUGUUUCAGAAAAAUCUAUAAUAUCAUCUUUUUUAUCUACCGUUUGUCACCGGCUCAUAAUUUUCUUUAUGAAUUUAUUUAAACUUAAUAGCUUUACCCAAAAGCAACCCCUAAAAGUUUUAUUUUUGAUUCAAUUACUGUUAACUCGUUUAUUAAAAACAGAAGGUGUUUCUGAUGUGUGUAAUCAUAUGAAAGUAUUUAAGCAGAGAUAAUUAAUAAGUUGAAAAUAAUCAUGAAACUUUUCAAUUAUCAUUUCCAUAUUCUAAUAAUUAAGUCGUAUUUAAUAGGUUUGUUAGUUUAUUACAUUGUAUUAUUUUGUAUAUGUAUUUAAUAAUGUUAUUUUGCAAAUAGUUCAAUAAUGUAAAAAAAGCAAAAAGAGGAGAGGGUUAAAUUAGAAAACACGUUUUCUUUUUCGAAACAAAAUAGAAGAACUCUUGUACGUGACUCAAUAAAAAGGUAAACUUAAC